AGACGCUCUUAGCAGCAACUUGCGGCUUGUGAAACUUUCGUAAAAACAGUGUUUUGUUUAUUUAUUUAGUAAAAAUUGGUGUUUUAAUUUUUGCUCACUCGGGUUAUGUUUUCAAGAUGAUGUCAUUAAACCUGUUCUGCAUGUCCGUGUGUGUUGCUAUGGUGACGGCUCUUCCAGCACCAGCUAUCCUUGAUGAGGAAUAUCCUUUAGUGGAACCUACAAAUAUGCGAGAACAAGUGAUAGUACCACACAAAAGGGCAGCUUUGGUGUUGGAUAGAUUGCUCGUGGCUCUGCAGAAGGCACUCCGGGAGGACGGGCCGAAUCAGCGGUUUGAUCCCGACAGAGAUGGGCCGAGGACAGCGCCGUUGAGAAUCGCAAACUACGAUGUAAAUGAUUUGACGGGUUUACAGCGCAGAGGACAAGCGAGCGGUCGAGGCCGGGUGCUUCGAUGCUACUUUAACGCUAUUACGUGCUUCUAACACCAAUCAUUUAGUAUUAUUGCAUUUUUAUUUGAAUUUCGCCUUUAUACCUAUGGUCUAUACCAGCUAUAGCAACAUAGUAAUUAUUAUUGUAACAUAAAAUAUCAGA